AUGGAGGACUCGCAUUCCAUUGUCAUUCCCUUUGGCGGCAUUCGCGGACAAGGCUUCUUCGCCGUGUUUGACGGCCACGCAGGUAAACAGGCCGCAGAGUGGUGUGGACAGAACUUCUCUAGAUGCCUCCUACACAUCCUACAGGCUGCACCAGAAGCGCCGAUCCCGGACGUCUUGAACGACUCCUUCCAUGAAGUUGACCGUCAUCUCACGAAGCUCUCGGAAGAGUCCGACGGUAAAAUGCACUCCGGGUGCACUGCCGUCACCGCGCUGCUUCGUCUUGAGGAUGCCGAUGGCAAGCAGACUUUCCUGCCUCCUGGCUAUGAUCCCAUCGCCACAGCGCUACAACCGCAUGCAGAAGAACACGCGGAGCAGGAGGAGGAAACGAAGAAGAGUGGCGCGGGGCGAAUCAAGCAGGCUAUCAAGAGCUUGGGUGAGAGGCGUUCUCCCUCGCCGCCGCUGACGCACGCGAGCACGGCAGAAUGGGACAGUGCGUGGACUCCGCCCCCUGAUGUGAGGGUGCGGCGCGUGCUGUAUUGCGCGAACGCAGGCGACGCGCGGGGUGUGCUUUGCCGUGCGGGCCGUGCGGUGAGGUUGACGUACGAUCACAAGGGUUCGGACAGGCAGGAGGCGAAGCGGAUCAUGGACGCAGGCGGGUUCGUGAUGAGCGGAAGGGUGAACGGUGUUUUGGCAGUGACAAGGAGCUUGGGCGACUCGUCGAUGAAAGAAUAUGUGGUCGGCGCGCCGUACACGACGGAGACGGAGCUGGGGGACGAUGACGAGUUCUUGAUCCUGGCAUGUGACGGCCUAUGGGACGUCGUCGAUGAUCAGACGGCAGUGCAACUAGUGCGCGGAGUUUCCAAUCCCAAGGAGGCAGCGCAGCUGCUCCUCGAUCACGCAUACCAGAACUACUCGUCAGAUAACGUUACCGUGCUCAUCGUGCGGUUCAGGAAUCCGCCUGAGUCUGUUGGCGCCAAAGUCGCCCAGCAGCAGGUGGAUGGCGCAUAG